AUGAAACGUACGACCCUGGCGCUCACCGAUGAAGGCUUUGUUGACACAGGCAAACUGGCUACAUGCCCUAUUGCUGCUAGGAACAGAGGAUCCUCGCCACUUCUACAGUUGCCGGGUGAGCUUCGGGUCAUGAUCUUUACAUUCGCUCUACAAGGGCCAGGUCUGCAGAUAUAUACCGGAUCUGACGGUUGUCUGUCCGCAGAUGCGGCUGUCUUGAAAGCCAGGAUCUGUCGUGGAAAACUAAACAAUAGUCUCAGAUCUGGCGAUGGUGUCUUCUCGUAUACCACAUUGUCACCAGUCUGUCGACAGAUUUACGACGAGACAUGCCUGUUACCGUAUGCUCUGAACUCGUUCUGGUUCUAUUCUACAGAUGCUAUGCAAGCUUGGAUCUCAAAACGUCUUCCCGCACAGCUACGCCAGGUUAAGGAAGUCAAGGUACCGGCAUACUUUGAAAGUCGGUACGAGUUUGAGCAGGGAUACAAGUUCACAAGUUAUUUCCCAAUGCUCAAAGUGCUCUACAUAGACUUAUGGCGAGGGAGAAUGUGUAAUGAGAUCAUUGGCUGGUCCAAGGUCCAGAUUGAUGAAGAUCUUCAGGCCAGAAGGAGGUCACUGUUAGCCAAAGAGAGAGCCGGUUUGGAGCUUGUCGUUACUAAUUAUGUGGCUACUGUAUUUGGGCGGAAUGUUUUCAUCCGGGCGUCUUAG